UUGCUGGAAUUAGAGACAUAGAUCUGUUGCAAGGAUCUCUUAUUCAGUAUGAAUAGCGAGGUACAUGCCAGAUUCAGUUCGACCAUACACAUUCACAAGUCGAAGUUUCUCCCUCGUUCGUUCAAUUUUUAUAGGGCAGUGCCCUGACCAUUCAUUUGAUUUACCACCAUCAUCAUGUUGCACAAACGCGCUCUCCUCUUCUUGCUUACGUCAGGACUCGUUUACACGAGUGCAGUUCCCCAGACAGAGGAAGGAAGUCUCCAAGCAAGAGACAGUGGUUCUAGCCCGCCAGCAAUGUUCCUAGAUUCCCGAGCACCUCCUCCAAAGACGCCCCCGAAAACGCCCCCCAAAACGCCCGCACAGCCUGCAAAGCCUGCUCCAGCUGCCGGGAAAGCCCCGGUAUUCCCCCAGCUACCGGUACCUUACGAUGAGGAUGCAACAGAUCUUUGUGACAUAUACAUAGAUUGUGGAGACGAGGAGGACGAUACACCUCCCAGCGUCAAGGCUCGGAGAGGCCUACCUAUCUAUCAUGGUCGCUACAGCAAUCUCGAAGAUGACCACAUCGCUUUAUCUAAGCGCGCUCGGCUUAGCUCACCAAAGCUCCCAGGCGGAGCACUCGCACUCAGCGCUUUAGGCUACCCCUCAAGCGGCGAACUCUAUAGCAGCCCGCGCCAGGGUAACCCGAAGGAAGUGUACGAUUUCAAGGACAAGAAGCUAGGCACGACUGCUGUUUCCAAAUCCACUGCUUUGGUCAGACCAUCUGCCGAGUACGCUACUGAGCACAUCAUCGAGCUUCAAACGCUUGGUAUGUUCAUGGUCUACGCAACAAAGUCCGAUAAGACCCUUGACGCCUUUUUCCGUAACAAAUUCGUCAAGCCUGUUCCGGGUCCACUCACAGUAGCAAAACGACCCAACCCGCCUCCGUACAAACUCGGGAUUGAUCCUCCUCGAGACUCGCUCAUGCGACUCGUUUUCGAAGCCAUGGGAUCAACAGCCAAUCCAAUGGACUUCGUGCUGUGCGAGGCGGCAAUCAAUUCGUAUAAGAUGCGCGUGUGGUCGCUCAAGGACCCCAUGAGUGCAGCUGUGUAUGACUCGGCACUUGCAGACGCGAUGACUGGCGCCGUGCAAUCAGCCGAUUUUCUAAGCGCUUUAAGGCUUGUAUUUGGUGUAUACAACUACCUUAACUCGCCUGGCGUAGCCACCCACAUGAAGAACAUCAACAAGAACGUCCGGCUCGAACUCGCCAAUGCAGGCGCGCUGUACAAUGAGCCCAAGAUUGCGCUCGUGCCAGUAUGGGACGCAUUUAUGAAGGCGCACUUCCAAGCCAUGGACACUGCGGCGAAGAAAUGGGCCACGGCACGCCUGCCCAAGACAAAAUCCGAAAUAGCCGCCGCAAUCAAGAAGUUCUCGACGCUCGCGGACACGCUCAAGAAGGCCGAGACUGGUAAAGACGCGGCCAAGCAUGCCGCAGACCAGAAGAAGAAGCAGACCGCCCUCGAAACCACGCUCGCAAAGCAGAAAGCAGAAGUCGCCACCGCGCAGACGCAGGUUAAAGCAGCGAAGGAUUUACGUGCGACGAAACCCACGCCGGCAGGUGCAGAGAAGAAAGUCCGCGACGCAAAGAAAGCGCUGCUAAAGGCGGAGAAAGAGGCGGGCAAGACGCAGCGGAAGAUCCACGAGCUGUAUUCUUUCUCCGUGAAUCUGCUGGUGAAGAACCUGGGCAAGGAUAGCCAGCGGGUCACGAACUUUGAGAAGGAUUUGGCGUCGCUGAAGCUAACAGCCCCGUAGUCGGCUGCCGUGGUCAGGGUGAAGACAUGGCAAAUCGAUUUCUUGGGUUUCUUGCGCCCUCUUACACAUCGAGA